GUUCACAAAUACUGCCCUUCACUUAUUUUGAAUCAAAUAACACAUUUAUAUCGUAGGCCUACGUGUUUUUUGUUUUAUUUCAGGACAACUUUUCCCAACACCCCUAAAACACCGCUACAUCUUGCCUUUUGAUUGACCGCUGCAUAUAUUUUUUUUUCUGUGUGCUGAAUUUUCCUCCUGCUGGAAAAGGAUAAAAAAAACUGGAAAACUGAGGAACAAGGCACAGUGGAAAAUACAGGAGGUUGAAGGAAAAAGUGAAAUAACAAGAGACUAGCGGGGAGAUUGGAGGAACAGGUUGGGAAGAGAGCAAGAAGACAAGUGGAGAACCAGACUUGACAUUCAUUUUUAAGAAAUCCUUGCUUUUGUGUGGAGAUUUUUUUGUUUCCUAUCUGCUGAUUAAAGGAGCUGACGCCAUGACCACAGAAAUGCAGGAAAUCGCCAUCACGGAGGAGAAGCCAUUACUGACGGGUCAGGCUGAAUCCAAGGAUGUUGAACUGGCUGCUAGGAUACUCCUGGACCAAGGACAGGAGCACAGCAUCGAGACCCCGCACGGUGUUCUGCACGUGACCCUCCACGGCACACGGACCACCCGUAGGCCCGCCAUCCUCACCUUCCAUGACGCGGGUCUGGACAGUAAGAGCUGCUUCUCCCCUCUGUUCAAGUUCGAGGAGAUGCAGGAGAUUGUGAAGAACUUCACCGUGAUUCAUGUUGAUGCUCCGGGGCAGGAGGAGGGGGCUGCUGCCUACCCCUCAGGUUACCAGUAUCCCACCAUGGACAUCAUAGCGGACAUGCUCCCUUCCGUCCUGCAGUUUUUCAACUUCCGUACUGUAAUCGGAGUUGGUGUGGGAGUCGGAGCGUACAUCCUCUCCAAGUUCGCACUCGCAAACCCAGAUUCAGUGGAAGGUCUGGUUUUGGUCAACAUCGACACUAACGCCCGAGGAUGGAUCGACUGGGCUGCCCAGAAGCUCGUCUCCGUGACGUCUUCCCUCACAGAGCAGAUUAUGUCCCACCUAUUCAGUCAGGAGGAGCUGUCAGCAACCACAGAGCUAGUGAAGUUUCACAGAGAGCGUAUCUCCAAAGCGUCAAACCUGGUCAACAUAGAGCUCUUCUGGAAGACUUACAACAGCCGCAGAGACUUGAACAUUGACCGCAACAGCACCUUCAAUUGUCCAGUCAUGUUGGUGGUUGGCGAUCAGGCUCCAUAUGAGGAAGCUGCCGUGGAGUGCAACAGCAAGAUGGACCCAACAACAACCUCGUUCUUAAAGAUGGCCGAUGCUGGUGGUCUCCCUCAGCUGACCCAGCCUGCUAAACUGACUGAGGCUUUCAAAUACUUCAUCCAAGGAAUGGGCUACAUGGCUUCAUCUUGCAUGACCCGUCUGUCUCGCUCCCGCACCACCUCCCUGUCCUCCUCCUACUCCAUGGAUGGGUCGCGCUCUCGCUCCCGCACCCUCUCUCAGGGAUCUCAGGGCGGACAGGUGCCGCCCAGCUCCUCCCAAACCAUGGAGGUGUCUUGCUGAAGGAAAACAUAAUAAUAGCGAAUGAGAUAGAGGGUGAGAAAGAAAGAGGGCAAACAGAAGGGAAAGAUGAAGUGCGACGAUAAUGAAGGAACAAGACGAAUGGGUUACUUAUUUGUCAUUUAACAACUCCCGUCAUUCCCCAUAAGAGCAGUAUAGGAUAAGAGAUGGAGAACCGUCUGCAUCAGUCUUCCUCCUUUCUGCUGAAAUCAAAGUGGAUUGGGCUGUUCUACAACGAAUAUAAAAAGUAUAGAGAUUAAUAAAAAGGGUGGAGGUGAGGAAAUAAUGGCCACCAGUCCUGUCUCCCUCCCUCUUUUGACGCCAAUAGAGCCCUUUUAAUUUAGAGGAGGCCUAUAGAGAACACACACCUUGCAGUAACCAAUAGUAAUAAUUCAGAAAUUGUAUUGUUGUUGACCCUGAUGAUGAUGGUGUUGAUGAGGAUGUUGAAGCUAUUGAUGAUGAUGUUCAGUUUAAAAAAACAUAGGUUAAAAAAAAAGAAAAUAGAAAAUAGCAAAGAUACUUAUAACAAUGUGUGUCUACUACUUUUUAAGCUAGAUUUUACCGUGUCAUUUUUAUUUCUUGAAUCUGAUUUUAUUAUGUCAUUUGUAACCUGCCUCAGCAAAUGGCCGAAGCUACUUAUUGGUUGACCCGUCAGCCAAUGAGAGCCAUUAUACAGUAGUGACUACUUCCUCCUUGAUGUUGCCAGGUUGUUUAUGUCUUCCAUUUGCCCCGUCUAUAAGUGACUGUUUUUGUUUUUCCCAUUGGAUUUGAGGAAGUGGGCAGGAAGCUUUUUUGUUAUUUUGCUUUUCUUUCUGGACUUGGAAGUUGCAUGCCUGGUAUCAGCCCAUGUGAAUAUUGACUGGAUACUAUUUUUCUUUUUAUAUUCUGCUAAUGAGUUGAGUGGAUUUGUGUGUGUGUGCUGUUUUGUUUCCUUGGAGUGUUUCGCAAACAUGGCGGUCAAUAAGUAAGCAUAGGUGAGACUGAGUUAGCUUUAGCUAUCGUUAACACUAGUCACUCACUAAUUAGUGCUUCCAAUAUUCCUGGUAGUCCAGCAUUGUGUCCCAAUAUCCAUGCUGGUGUACUACUCAACCGGAAGCAUUACAUCGCUAAGUAGCAUGCUAGUAUAGAUAUUGCUUCUCAGUGUUUGGUUAACCCAGAAGGGAUCACUGUGUUUAUCAUCUGGGUUGUAGUCUUUUAGCCUUGCCCGUGCAUGGAUACCUCCUAACAAACCCAGCUAGCAUACUUGAUUUUGAGUGCGAUGGGAAGUAUAAUGAACACAAGCUUCUCAACUAGCAACUUUAUCCAAAACGGGGUCAAGAGAAUUGUGUUGUGAAUGUUGCGAUAUGUAUGUGUCCGAGGAAGUAAAUGUCGGUGUGUAGAAGCGCUUGUAUCCUGUAAGCACAAUUAUUGCAGUAAAGACAUCCAGGGUCCUAUGGAGAAGUUUAAUUUUGAAGCCAACCAAACCCCCUGUGACUGACUUAUCAAUGACAAUGUUCCAGCCCCUUCACUGCCAACAGACUUGAAAAAAAGUGUAAAAAUGUUGCCUACAUCAGUCGAAAAAUAUUGAGCCUUUUCUUGUCAUACAUAGAAAAUAACCGCCAAUUUCUGCACUUUAAUACAACAAAUCGGGAAUUGCAGCCAAUACGCUUUCUUACUGCCAAAUCUAAGAUCAACCAAAUACAGGGGUCAUGAUUUCGCCAUCAGAAAUUUCUGUGAGCAUUUCAAAUGUCCCACUUAAUCGAAAUUUCAACACAAACACAAAAGCUUACCACUGCCCUGCAACAUGUCAUUAGACUGAGCAUACUUUUUGAAGUCCCAGUAUUUGGUCCAAGUAAGAUUUUUUUCUCGGCGUACAAGUGCAUUUUUGAGCUUGGCCCCUAUUUGCACGCUUUCUUGUACUGAUGAAGCGCUUUUCUGAAGAAGUUACUUUUUAUGAAGGGUUGCCUGUUUCUGCCACAUGCUAUCUAGUAGUGGUCCAUUCCCAAACUGUUUGACCAAGUAAAGAUGGAUGACGACAGUGACAGGAAAAGACAGCUGAGUGCCUAAAUGCAAAAUGUGACGUCAACCCAGGAUGCUGCCAUGUUUUAGGCACUUUUGUUGCUGUUGAGUGCUGAAGAGUAGAAUGUAAAUGCUCCUCCCAGACUUAAAAUAAAGCUCAAGCAAUCUGGCAUGGGAGCAUCUACCAAAAAAAAAAGGUAACAGUUGGAGCUUAGGCAAUGAAAUAGCCAAAUAUGGAAAAGAAGUGGUACUUAUUUUUGGAGAGUUGAGCAGGGCUGUGUGAUUGUAAAUGCUUGUCCAUUUUGUCUUUUAAUUUUUACUUUGUUAAUUUUUUCUUCCUCCCUCUAUGUUUUAGGAUUUCUGUUUAGUUUUAUCUCUUUGAAGUGUUAGUUUACCGUCCUGAUGUGCUCACAAGUUAGUUAACCGUGUGAUAGUUAUUGUGUAACUUUUUUAGCCUUAGCACUGAUAAGGGAGAUUAAUAGAAUUAACAAUAAAAAAAAAUAAAGGUAAGAAAAUACAAUCAAUUUUACUUGUGCGGCUUAUUUCUCUGUGUAACACAAUGAACAUACUAAAAAAAGCAAACGUAAAUAUUAAUAAAUGCUUAAAA